GGCCGAACCCCACCCGAAGGGCUAGCUCCGCCCCUGUGUAUAUAUAGAUUAGAUCUUCUUCGAAAUUUACAAUUCCACCAUCAUUCAUAACAGAAACUCCAUUCUUGAAUUCCAUAAAAAGCUCAUAUACAAGUAUUACUGAUCAAGGUAAAAAUCUUGCUCCGCCACUGCUCCCACCUCCCACCAGCACAGGAGAAUACAUGGCGUCCUUGGCGACAGCAGAAGUGUGUGAUGUGAAUGCAGGGCUUCUAUCAAAUGGCGAACUACGAGUUUUGCCACCGAUCUUCCAGAUGUAUGGGCAAUGUCGAGCUUUCUCUGGCCCCAUUACCACCCUUAAGGUAUUUGAGGACAAUGUCUUGGUUAGGGAGCUUCUUGAAACUAGAGGCGAAGGAAGAGUUCUUGUUAUAGACGGUGCAGGGAGUAUGCGAUGUGCUCUAAUAGGAGGGAACUUAGGACAAUUAGCCCAGAAUAUGGGUUGGGCAGGUAUUGUAGUUAAUGGUUGCAUUCGUGAUGUAGACGAGAUUAACGGUUGUGACAUUGGUGUUCGUGCAUUGGCAUCACACCCUCAGAAAUCGAACAAGAAAGGGCAUGGCGAGAAGCAUGUUCCAAUUUAUAUUGGAGGGAUGUUGAUUCGUGAAGAAGAGUGGUUAUAUGCAGAUAGUGAUGGCAUCCUCAUAUCAAAAACUGAGUUAUCAGUCUAAUUCAAGCCAUAUAGCAAGCGGAAUCUUCAUUUGGUGUUGUGUUUAAUAGAUAGUUUCAUUCAUGUAAUCUAAUAAGGGCGUUGCAAUUACCAUUUUGUAACUGUGGGCUUUUGUACCAACACCAAGCAGUUUAAAUUUGCUCUCAGAAUGAAGUACUCUGGAUAUUUGUUACAUAAUGGAGGCAGUUUCUUAUAA